AUGGAAGUGAGAAAAGUACACGAUAUGAAGAAAAUUAUUGUUGCAAAUAAUAUGACUGUGCCAGUUGUGUGUGCCGGGAAUACACAGAUAACUACGCUUGUGAAUAAUUCUCAGUUUGACAUUAAAGUGAACAACAUUUUGUACAUACCUAACCUAACCACAAACUUAUUAUCAGUAAGCCAGCUAAUAGCAAAAGGAAACAAAGUUACUUUCAAGACUGAUGUGUGUUAUAUACAUAAUCAACGGAAUGAGCUUAUUGCAACAGCAAAUUUAAAGAAUGGUGUGUAUAAGUUGAAUACAGUAAAGUCAGAGAAAGUGUUGGCCGCAGCAGUUCAAACUACAGAUGCAAAACAGUGGCAUAGGAGAUUGGGUCAUAUUAACAGUAAUGAUUUGCAGAAGAUGAAAAAUGGUGCUGUAGAGGGUAUAUCAUUUGAUAUGAAGGCUGAUAUUCAGAAAAUAAACUGCCAGGUAUGUUGUGAAGGGAAACAGAGUCGUUUACCAUUUCAAUUACGAAACCAUAGAAGUUCAGUAAAUGCUAGAUUUAGUUCACUCAGAUCUGUGUGGGCCUAUGGAGGUUCGAUCGAUUGGACAGGCAAGAUAUUUUCUAUUGUUUGUUGA